AUGGCACCUGCUCUAGAAUUACUCGAAACGACCAUUCCAAGUGUGCCGACUAAGACCGUGCCUUACAUCCCCAAUGGGGCGAUCCCAAGCAAUGAGCUCGGUUUACAGAGCGAAGAAACACACAAGCGGGUGAUGUGUGUCUUUCGGGCGUUUAUUGCUGACCUAUGUCAGCAGUUCGGCGAGGGCCACGCUGGAUCUCCAAUGGGAAUGGCAGCUAUUGGUAUUUCGCUGUAUAAGUAUGUGAUGAAAUAUUCUCCGAAGAAUUGCAACUACUUCAACCGCGAUCGUUUUGUUCUUUCGAAUGGCCAUGCCUGCCUGUGGCAGUAUACUUUCAUGCAUCUUGUAGGCGUGGAGAGUAUGACACUGGACCAGCUCAAGUCUUAUCACUCGGCAAAACUUGAUUCGCUCUGCCCUGGCCAUCCCGAAAUUGAAAACGAGGGCGUGGAAGUUACCACUGGGCCUCUAGGCCAAGGACUCGCUAAUGCAGUUGGCCUCGCAAUGGCCAGCAAGAACCUUGCCGCCACAUACAACAAGCCCGGCCACGAAGUGGUGAACAACAUGACGUGGUGUAUGGUCGGCGACGCCUGUCUUCAAGAGGGCGUCGGAUUGGAAGCGCUCUCCCUAGCUGGGCACUGGAAGCUCAACAAUCUAUGUGUCAUCUUUGAUAAUAACUCUGUAACAUGUGAUGGAACAGCAGACAUUGCCAACACCGAGGACAUCAACAUGAAGAUGCGAGCUACCGGAUUCAAUGUGGUAGAUGUGUGCAAUGGAGACACAGAUGUUCCUGCGGUCACGGCUGCCCUCAUUGCCGCUCGAUUGAGUGAUAAACCCACAUUCCUCAAUAUACGCACUGUGAUUGGAUUUGGGGCCCACAAUGCGGGUACAGCCGAAGUUCAUGGAGCUGCUCUCGGGGUCGAGGAAGUGGCCAAUCUCAAGAGAUCAUUUGGUCUCGACCCUAGCAAGCAUUUCAACAUCCCACAGGAUGUCUAUGACUUCUUCGGCGAUGUGCCCGGUCGUGGUAAUACCCAUGAAGCGGAAUGGCAAGCCACUUUGGCAAAAUACCGGGUGGAAUAUCCACUUUCAGCGGCCGAAUUUGCACUUCGUGUUGCCGGACGGAUGCCAGAUGACUGGACAAAACUGAUUCCCCGCAAGGAAGACCAGCCUUCCACAGCGACUGCAUCAAGAAAGUCUGCAGGAGUAGUUACCAGCGUCCUUGCUCAAAACCUAAAUGCAUUCUUAGUUGGCACGGCAGACCUCACUCCUUCCUGCAAUGUCGCCUACAAGAACAAGGUUGACUUUCAGUCUCCUGACCUUGAAACAUCGUGUGGCCUGAACGGAAAUUAUAGUGGACGAUACAUUCACUAUGGUAUUCGCGAGCACGCCAUGUGCGCUAUCACCAACGGGCUAUCCGCUUUUAACAAGGGUACAUUCAUCCCGAUGACAAGCACAUACUUUGUCUUCCACCUAUAUGCGGCGGCAGCUGUACGUAUGGCUGCACUCCAAGGUCUCCAGCAGAUUCACAUCGCUACCCACGACAGCAUUGGCGUUGGUGAGAAUGGCCCUACUCACCAGCCAAUCGCUGUUGCAGCCCUCUACCGUGCCAUGCCUAAUCUUCUUUACAUUCGCCCAUGUGAUGCCGAGGAAGUCGCCGGCGCGUAUAUUGCCGCUAUCCGGGCCACCGAGACACCUACAGUCAUCUCGCUUUCUCGUCAAGGAUUGACCCAAUAUCCCCAGAAUUCGUCUCGCGAGGGCGCAAUGAAAGGUGGAUAUGUAUUCACAGCGAGUGACGGAGACGAGUUCGACGUCAGUUUGAUCGGGGUCGGCUCCGAGAUGGUAUUUGCAAUGCAGACCCGAGAAUUACUUCUUGAAGCAUAUGGAAUCCGGGCGCGAGUUCUUUCUUUCCCUUGCACCAGGUUAUUUGAGCAACAAUCUCGAGACUACAAGCUGUCCGUUUUGAGGCCACGAGCUGAGAAACCCACUGUUGUCAUCGAGGCGUAUCCCCCAACGGAUGGGAGCGCUACUCAGACGCCUCCGUGUCUAUGGCCAGCUUUGGGAAAAGCCUUCCUUCCAAUGAAGUCUAUGAGAAUUUCGGAUUUUCGGCGGGGAAGAUUGCAACUAAAGUCAGAGACCUAG